CUUAAUAUUCACGAUCGAAUUGGGUUUUUAAAAAUCACGCUGUAUUCUUGAUCAUUUACCAGACGCCUGUUCUGUUCUAUAAUUCAUUCAGAUCUGAAUCCUGCGGCUCCUGGGAUCGUCUUCAGAAACGAUGUACGGCUUCGAAGCUCUUACGUUCAACAUCCAUGGCGGUUACCUGGAGGCAAUCGUGCGUGGACACCGUGGUGGGUUGCUCACUGCAGCCGAUUAUAACAAUUUGUGCCAAUGUGAAACCCUCGAUGACAUCAAGAUGCACCUUUCGGCCACUGAGUACGGGCCUUACCUUCAAAAUGAACCUUCUCCAUUGCACACAACAACAAUAGUGGAGAAAUGCACUCUUAAGCUUGUUGAUGACUAUAAGCACAUGUUAUGCCAAGCCACAGAGCCCUUGUCAACCUUUUUGGAGUAUAUCACAUAUGGCCACAUGAUUGAUAACGUUGUUCUUAUUGUUACUGGCACCUUGCAUGAGAGAGAUGUUCAAGAACUGUUAGAAAAAUGUCAUCCGCUGGGCAUGUUUGACAGCAUUGCUACUCUGGCAGUUGCUCAGAAUAUGCGGGAGCUCUACAGACUUGUACUUGUUGACACGCCUCUGGCACCAUACUUCUCAGAGUGCAUCACAUCAGAUGACUUGGAUGAUAUGAACAUUGAAAUAAUGAGGAACACUCUUUACAAGGCAUACCUUGAAGACUUUUACAGAUUUUGUCAGAAACUUGGUGGUGCCACUUCUGAGAUCAUGUCUGACCUUCUAGCUUUUGAGGCUGAUAGAAGAGCUGUAAAUAUUACCAUAAAUAGCAUUGGUACGGAGCUCACAAGAGAUGAUCGCAGAAAAUUGUACUCUAAUUUUGGUUUACUUUAUCCUUAUGGCCAUGAGGAGCUGGCUGUCUGCGAGGACAUUGAUCAGGUCCGUGGUGUUAUGGAAAAGUAUCCUCCAUAUCAGUCUAUUUUUGCUAAAUUAUCUUACGGAGAGAGCCAGAUGCUUGACAAGGCGUUCUAUGAGGAGGAAGUGAAGAGGCUUUGCUUAGCAUUCGAGCAACAGUUCCAUUAUGCUGUUUUCUUCGCGUAUAUGAGGUUAAGGGAGCAAGAGAUUCGGAACCUAAUGUGGAUUUCCGAAUGCGUGGCUCAGAAUCAAAAGUCUAGAGUUCAUGACAGUGUCGUCUUCAUAUUUUAGUUGGCAUUAUACCUCGCCAAAAAUUGUUACGUUUAUGCCUUCGGGACGAUGACGCUGUUCAGAACAGUGUUUGAAGUAAGCAUAAGUUGUUGCUCAUAAGAUGUACGAUCUGGAGUGAAGAUUCUUGUUGAAUUUCGUGAAAUAUGUUAUAGGUUUUGAAGAUGUUAAUGUCAUGUUUUCCAUUAUUGUUGUUGUGGUUCUUGCUAUAAUUUAGAUGCAGGUCGUCUUGUAUAUCACACCAACCUUGACAAAUAAGUUAAUGACCUUCGAAAUUUGAAUGAAUAACGUGCAUUCUUAUA